AUGAUCUCCAUUCGCUGCUGGCCCGGAAGCGCGGGGCGCCCCGGGCGUCCACGCCGCUGCCUCCGCCGCACUUGGAAGGCCCCGGGCCCGAGGCGGCGCCGAGGCACAGGUCUUUGGGGGGCAGCGGCUCCGCGGCGACGGCGGCAGCGGCCAGAGGGGCGAACACCGGCAGCUGCGCCACAGGCAGGGCCGAGAGACCCGCCACGGCGGCGGCGGCGGCGGGGGCUGGAGGGGCUGCGGCGCGCCCAGGGGACCCGCGGCGCCGCCGCCCUUGAGCGGGCCGCCGCUGCCGCCGUGCGGGAAGAGUUGCUGCCAGUGCUGCAAAUAGGCUGGAUCCACUUUGAGGAAGGCCGAGCCGCCGGGGUCUCCGGGCUUCAGCAUGUCCGACCUCUCAAGCUGGGGGCAGAGGGCAGAGAGGAGGGUGCGCUUGAGCCGGGCCCAGGGCUGGGUGCGAGAGGGGCGGGGAGGAUGACCGCCAAGACCGUGGAGCAAGGGCUCAGCCCUGGGCUCCGCCUGCGGCAGCCCGGUUCCCCAGCUCCCUCUUUCCAACUCCGCUGGGGCGCAAAGUUUACUCUGAAGCGGUGGCGCCUCGCGAAGGGAGCUGUGUGCACCCUGCCUUGCCUCCAGUCCGAGGCGCCCAGCUCCCGCCGCGCACUGUUGAAGCCCGGCGCAAGGGCGCUCGCCCGCAGAACUAGGCGGCAGGACGCAGCCCCCGCCCUCAGCAGGCGCCCGGAGCCGACCCGAGCCGGAGUGGCGCAGAGCCGGAGCGGCUUUGGCCUCCGGCGCCAGGAGGCGGGACAGUCUCGCCCCCCGCCCCCAGCCCAGGACCUCCAGCCUCCUAUCCCCGGGGCCCAAGACCACCGGCCCCAAACGAGCCUCGCCUUACCUGGAAACUCCGAGCCGCCGGCGGGUACCAGCUCACUGCCCUGAUCCUGAAAGCAGGGGAAACACGAAAACCGGAAUGCAUCUCCUCACGCGCUCGGGUGUCCGCAUCGGAGUAGGCGCGCCCAGCCGGCGAGUGGACCAAGUCCCAGUACCGGGUUUGCGCUUUUGUCCGGCUCAGUUUUUCCAGGAGUAACUGCUCGACUAGCCCGCCACGCAACUCUCAGCAGAAAUCCUGGCCGGGGGAGGCAGGGGCGGGGCGGGUUGCGCACUGGUACGAAACGCUCAGUUUGCAGCGGAGAAGGCAGGCUUUGGUGAGCUGGUGGGCGUGAGGCCGAGGGUCUCUAAAGGGCAGCUAGUCCUGGCGGGACUCAAGUCUGGCCGCGGAGCUGGGAGGCGGCCGCAGUGGAGUGUCACACGGCUUAGCGCUAAGCCCACCCACUCUCGAGUGGUCUGCCUGGGGAACUCGCUCCUUCUCCUUGUGGGCAGCGGAGGCAAGUAUCCCGGGCUGCGUUACACUUGGUUAAACUGCUCCCGGUCACCGGCGAAGCUUUUUGCCUUUGCUGCUAGGGGCUGCCCCGGGGGGUCGUGCAGAAGCCUCUUGCCCCAAACGUGGCGUCGGCGGUGCUGGCUGGGAGAGCAGCCCCACCUCCACUCCGACCAUUCCGGGUGCCUUGGAAUGCCCCGCUGCCCUUCCCUGCGCGCUCUCAUCUCCAAGAUUUGGGCACCAGCCCCCUGCCCUUCCAGGCAGUGGCAGUGCUCGGUGGGGGUAGGGCCCGGACAGGGUGUGUGAAAAUGACCGGCUCGGGCGCUUUCCCAAAGCCAGAGUUCUGUCCACACUCAGAGGGAAGAAGUGACAUUUGUCUUUCCGCAAACAAGCCAACUUACUUAGCACCCGCCACUCUGAACAAUUAAUAGCCACUCCUUACUGAUUUCUUCUUGUUUCUUUUUGUCUUCCCACCACUCCUGUCGCCUGAGCCUGGGAACCGCGCUGUUUAGACUUUGUCCGGGUCUCACGGAGGAUGGCUCGACGCUGAUUGGAACACAGUUGGACCGAAAAUGUUUUGACUGGCGUCGUUGUGACAAGGUCAUCAGUCAUUCUUGGACAGAUUGAUGGUAUCCAAGGUUAAGGCCAACACCACGAGGGAAAACCCACGUGCUGUGGACCCCCGAGGCUAACCGAGCACUCUGAGCGCGGGCUUUGAACAACCCCAUCGGAAGGAGACUACGAAGUUCCAGGCCCGUUUCAAUUAAUUUGCUGGAAGAACUGCCCAAGAGUAGCUGCCGGCCCACGGGAGAAGGGGCAAGCUGUCUCUCUUUGGCACUCUCCCAGUUCAUUGCUGAGGAACGAGGAGGCUUCUCUGUUCUCUGAGAGAGACGGGGAGCCCGGACGCUGCGGCAGCGGCCCCGCCCGCCGCCUCCUUGUUUGGGGCCACGCCGGCUACGCUCAACUGUUUGGUCCCCAGGGCUGGCCGUCUCGGAGAACUCCUCCCCAUACCGCCCUCCAAACAAACUUGGAAAUCUCGAGAUUUUGAGACGCUUGUUAGUUGCAACAACUGUCGUCCCGCCCCCAGGGCUCCUGCCGCCCACACCCUGGGAAGCCGGAGGGGGGGGGGUCCCCUUCGUAGCAAGAUUAGCUGAUCGGUCAGGGAGAGCUUCGGAUUGGCCAGGCGCGGGUAGGCGCUUCAAGUUCAUUCCGCCUAGGAACCGCGCGGAGAACUCAUUAUCAUUAACCCCAUAUUACAGAUGGGGACACUGAGGCUCAGAAAGUAGGUUGCCUAAGGUCCCGCCACUAGUGCGUGAUGGCAACCGCGUCAGUGAGGCGACACGUGUAUUUUCCUGCCCACCCUAGUCAAACCUCUACCCUCACCUUCGAGACCGACGCCAGAGGGGCGUAGGGGCACCUCCAGGGAGGUUGGGCUUCCCUUGCUGUGAGGGCCAAGGGGAGAAGCAGGGACUGGAGCGGAGCCUCAGCCUCUUCCUGGGCCAGAGUGUGGAGUCCCUGACUCAUCAGGUUCGCCCCCACCCCGCUGCGGCCCUGGGAGUAGGCCGGUCUCAGGGCGAAGGGACCCUAGGGCCCAGAGGCCUUAGGGAACUUGCGUGAAGGAGGUGACUGGAAGUUACAGCGAGCGCUCAGAAGGCCCGGGAAUCCAGGAGCUCACACAAAGGUCUGGAGGGGAGUGUGGCGGGAAUCCUGUGCCUCCCCAGUCGGCCCACGACGCGGGGCGGGGCCCUGCCCUCACGCAGAGGAGGCCCGAGGGGCUGGGCUGGGACAGAGGUCAGCGCGGUCCCCCCACCCUCGGGCGCCGAGUUUUGUAGUCCCGACCGCCCGUGGCCCCGGGGUACUAAGUGCUGCGGAGGCCGCCACCCCACCCCCCACCCCCACCCCCCACCCACCGGCUGAUCCUGGGCCCGCGGCUCGCCCUGGCACAUCUCGUCGGUGGGGGGUGGGGGUGUUUAGAAAGUGAGGCCACCCGUCGCCAGGACAUGCACCCCCCAAAUCCGCCCCCCUCCUCUUCAUUAUUGAGAAGAAGACCGCGGAAACAAAUCACUUGGACCACUUAGGAAGCGAUCAAACCUUUAUAAAAAUCCAUCGCUCCCAAAUCGAUGGGUGAAUAUUUGCUGGGAAUUUGUUCCAGAGGAAUAAAUAAGGAGCGUGAGUGUAUUAAAUGCAAACGGGGGGACACGGUGGUGUUUUUCUUCAUUGAUUAAUGACCUCUAAAAUAAAACAAGUGGGAAGAGGAGCCGGGAUCGAUAAAUUAACUACCCAAAUUCA